AUGAGUCGCUAUACAUAUACUUGUAGUAUAUGUAGCCACAGCUGCCUUCAAAAACAGUCGCUUCCCGCACUCCGUAACGUGUGGCUCCUGCGGACAAAGCCAUCCAGCAUAACGGCGCUCUCAGAGAAAUCCAGAAAUCCUGGAGCAGAAUGCAGAGUACGACACUGUCGUAACGACAGUGACGAACCCGAGAAUUCACCAUCCAGUAACCUCCACACCACGAUGAGGUACUGGGACCAGUGUGGUAUGAACGCAACGUCACUGGCGGCCAGUUACAUGCCUGUUGCGAUGCGAAUUGCGAACAUCUCGCACGCGCUCGCCUUGACACCUAAGCAGAAUUAUGAUGCCAUCAGAGGCCGAGAUUUGAAGAUUACACAGAGGCUGGCCAAGAGACCUGAAGAGUUAGCAGCGUAUGAAGCGGCAGUGGACGAGCUCUUGAAGUCCGGGGCGGUCGAGGAACUCCCACUGGGGGAGGACCCGAGGAAGUGGGCCUACCACUAUAUGUGUGGGGUUCCGGUCUUCGCCAAUCAGCGAAAGUCCACUCGCUGUCGUAUCUGCAUCGACGCUCGAGAGCUUAACAACUUCACGAAUAAAGAAGGGGACGAGGAGGCCGCGGACAUGGACCUACAGUCACGGAUGCUAGAGUGGCGAGCCUCAAAGAGAGUUGAUUGUGAGGACCUCAAGAAGGCCUUCUGGUCGGUUCACAUCGAUGAAUCGGAUGUGAAGUGGUUGGGGAUGUGCGUCGGGUCGAGGAUCAUAAGGUGGAUCCAUGUCCCUUUCGGGACGAAUUGGUCCCCUUGGGCCCUCUCCUCGGUCUUGGGAAAGAUCCUCAAACAGAUCGGGGGGACGGACGGUGCCGAAGCUAUCUCCUUCUAUGUCGACGAUGUCCUUCUGCGAGGGGACAGUUGCUCUGAGGUGUCGAAGAUUCGUCGGGAGGUGGUUCCCGCAUUAGAAGAGCGGGGGUUCGAGGUCCACCAGGACAAGCGAAUGUCCAAUCUCGACACGGGUGAAGACUGUAUAGGUCGAGGGGUAUCUAAGGAGAAGAUUCUCAGUGAGAAGUUCAGAACAGGAGGUUGGCUCGGUUACGACUGGCUCUGUGGCGAGCGAAUUGAUGUUAUCGAUGUGCGGCUGCGACAGAUAGAAUUGGCGAAGGAAUCCAAGGUCACGGAGUCUGCCCUGAGAUCAGCAUUUGGCAAGUUCUUCGACCCCAUGGGUCUUUUCGCGGAAGUGUCCUUGGAGCUCAGAUGGGCGGCUCGGCUGGCUCAUGAGAGACUGAAGCAGAGGAGGAAGGACUUCGAAGAUGGAUUGGUUUAUACUCCGGCAGAAGAAGCCCAGCAUUUCGCUCGUUUCGAGGAGGAGUUGAGGAUCCAGUCCGAGCUCAUCUCGACUGAAGAUUUGACGGUCCUCUACGAUGAGACCAGACCGGCCAUCAUGCAGAGCCUCGUUGACGAGAUCAAUUCCAAGCAAAACACAUGGACCGCGUCGACUGGGCAGAAAAGAUUCAAGAACCUCUCCCUGCGUGAUGCUAAAAUGCUAUGUGGAACACUGAUGAGAGGGUCAAACGACAAAGCCAUAAAAAAAGGCUAUGCUAUAGAGGAGCUACAAGACCUCCCUACUGACUUCGACGCUCGCACCGCCUUUCCCAAUUGCUCAAAGGUUAUCGGCCAUAUCAGAGACCAGUCAGCUUGUGGAAGCUGUUGGGCAUUCGGUGUCACUGAGGCUUUUAAUGACCGCCUAUGUAUCAAGUCGAAUGGGACGUUCACGGAGCUCCUAUCGGCCGGCGAGAUGAAUGCUUGUGCGCCGUCCCACGGAUGCAAUGGUGGAUUUCCUAACUCAGCCUGGUCUUGGGUGCACGAUAAAGGGAUCGCAACUGGUGGAGAUUACGUUGCGAAAGAUGAUAUGACUAAAGACGAUGGGUGCUGGCCGUACGAUUUUCCACCAUGCGCUCAUCAUAUCAAUGAUACCAAGUACCCCGAAUGCCCGAAGGUAAGCUGUAGCGGCGAGUCGCCGCCGGCGACCGCUGAGACAGCAACUGUCAUUGCCUAUCAGAACUCAUACGAGACUCCCAACUGUGCCGAACAAUGUCACAACCCGAAGUAUACGACCACUUUGAGAGAUGAUCGUCAUUUCAUGUUGGAAUCCUCUCCUUAUCAAUACUCUGUGAACGAUGCUAAGAAUGCUAUCAGGACCGAUGGCCCAGUGGGACCGAUCUACUUCUGUGAUCCAAACGUUAACUUUGAUCAGGUUUCGGCUUCUUUCUCUGUUUACGAAGAUUUCCUAGCCUACAAGUCCGGUGUAUACAAGCAUACUUCUGGAGAAUAUCUCGGUGGACAUGCUGUGAAGAUAAUUGGUUGGGGUGAAGAGAGUGGACAAGCUUACUGGAUUGUCGUGAACUCCUGGAAUGAAGACUGGGGUGACCACGGCCUUUUCAAGAUAGCCCUCGGGAACUGUGGAAUAGAUGAUAACCUGCUUGGUGGUACACCCAAGGUCUGA